GAUGACGUUGAUAUAUAAUGUCAGGAAGUGCCGCCCACUGAAAAAAGCGAACGGUGAAUAACGUGGGUUUGAACGUACCUGCAGGGUAGUGUAGAGCUGGUUGGGAGGUGUUUCUGAGGUUAUACUGAACUCUCUAAAAAUGCCUGAAUGGGGAUCCUAUUUUGCUAAUGAGGAAGGGAAUGAUGAGGAGGAUUUGGAAGAUGGAGAAGUAGUCACCAGUGAGUAUCGUUAUGGAGGACGAGACAGUCUUAUAUUCCUUGUUGAUGCAUCUAAGCCUAUGUUUCAAAGCAUUAGUGAAGACGGAUUAACUCCAUUUGAUAUCACGCUGCAGUGUAUUCGUAAUGUGUACACCUCUAAGAUCAUCAGCAGUGCACAAGAUCUCCUCUCUGUAGUAUUUUUUGGAACCAAAGAGAGCAACUCGGAGUUCAAACAUGUCUAUGUUCUUCAUGAUCUUGAUACUCCAGGUGCUAAGCGAGUCCUAGAACUGGACAAAUACAGGGAUGAAAAGGGGAAGUCUUUGUUCUGCGACACCAUUGGGAACCAAGGAAAUUUUUCCCUGGGCGAUGCCCUCUGGAAGUGCUCAAACCUCUUCAGCAACGUCAAGCUCAAAAUGAGCCACAAGCGAAUAAUGCUGUUCACGAACGAAGACAACCCUCAUUCUAAUGAUUCUGCCAAGACCACGCAGGCAAUAGCUAAGGCCAAGGAUCUCCGAGAAAUGGGUAUUGUUGUCGAUCUGAUGCAUCUCGAGAAAGCCAAGGGUUUUAACAUUAACCUAUUUUAUCGAGACAUUGUCAACGUUGAUGAGGAUGAGGACUUGGGAGUGCAGGUAAAACCAUCAGAAAAGCUAGAUGAUCUCAUGAAGAAGGUACGGGCCAAGGAAUCAAGGAAAAGGGCUCUAUCAAGGCUGACCUUCAAGUUGGGCAAUGAUGUCAAUCUCUCUGUGGGGAUAUUUAACUUAGUUCAGAAAGCUGUAAAGCCAGCUCCUGUGAAACUUUACCAAAAGUCCAAUGAACCAGUGAAGACCAAGACACGUACUUUCAACAGGGAGACGGGAAGCCUACUGCUUCCCAGUGAUACCAAAAGAUCUCAGACGUAUGGAAACCGUCAGAUUUGUCUGGAGAAGGAGGAGACUGAGCUGUUAAAAAGGUUUGAUGAUCCUAGUUUGGUACUUAUUGGGUUUAAACCGAUAAGUUUCCUGAAGAAGCAACAUUUCAUUAAGCCUGCACAGUUUGUCUACCCAGAGGAAUCUCUCAUUAACGGCAGUAGCACCUUGUUUCAGACCUUACUGACCAGGUGCCUGUCUCGGGAGGUGAUGGCCAUCUGCAGAUAUACACCUCGCAGAAACACGCCGCCUCGUUUUGUAGCAUUGGUCCCACAGCAAGAGCAACUGGAUGAUGAUAAUGUGCAGAUUAAACCGCCAGGGUUCAAUCUUCAUUUCCUACCCUUUGCUGAUGACAUUCGAAAAGUUGACUUUCCAGAAAAGAUCACUGCUAACGAUGAACAAGUCAAUAAGAUGAAAGAAAUUGUGCAUAAACUGAGGUUUAAAUACAGGAAUGAUGCAUUUGAGAACCCUGUACUUCAGCAGCACUUCCGUAACCUGGAGGCUCUUGCUUUGGACAUGAUGGAGCCAGAGCCCAUAGAGGACCUCACAUUGCCAAAGAUUGAGAUGAUAGAUACUCGCCUGGGAUCCCUGGUGGAGGAGUUUAAGGAGUUGGUUUACCCACCAGGGUACAACCCAGAGGGAAAAGCUGUUAAAAGAAAGCAAGGUGAUGGAGAAAAACAUGCUGAAAAAAGAGCCAAAGCAGAUAUCUCCGUAUCAGAAGAGGACCUCAGGAACUAUGUGAAGAAUGGGACACUAGGCAAGCUGACUGUGCCUGUGUUAAAAGAGGCCUGUCGUGGUUAUGGGCUGAAGGGUGGCAAAAAACAGGAGCUAAUUGACGCUCUUGUAAAUCACUUCAAAAAUAACUAGACAUCUGGCACUUUGAUAAUCCAACGGUAGAAGGUUACCCAUAUUUACAAAGAUUCAUACUGUUAUUUCUAGUAUGUUUGGCCCAUUGUACCACAGCGUGACAGCAGCUAAGUUAUUUUGCUAAUCUUUUCCAUUAUGGUCAUGCCAAGAUGUGGCAGUGUGAAAUGUAGCAUUACUUGUGCUAAUUUCAGUGACAGUUAUUUGAAAUGACAUUCUAUAAAACCCACUUGAUUAAAUACCAUAGUUAUAUUUUACUUACAGCUGAAUAAUGAAGCAUGCCCUUUCAUAUUUUUGUAUGAUCCCGUUACUGCUCGGUAGCAUGCCAGCUAUGAUGCUGUCGCCACAGUCCUUCAGGAUGCACUGAAGUCAUUUUUAUUAUAGAAUCUGUCUCAUGUUUCCUCAGUGGGUCAAAAAAUACUGAAGGCUUUAUGACUUUAAAUUUGGGAAUAUACAUCUCCAGAAAAAUAGUUUGGACAGAAACCGAUAUGGCAUUUUGUAAGUUUUGUUCUUUUUGUAUUUUUUUCAGAAUAAAGAACUCAAACACUU